UAUACCCCAAAAGCGGUUUGGCUCCGGCAAAGCCUAUCGCCAUGCUAUCAGUAGUGCGCAGACCUCCACUUUAUUCACCUCUACCGCGGCCUUUCCUUCAAGGCUCGAAGUCAAGCAAUUCCAGAAAAUGAGUCUGUUAACUCAAAUCACCCUGGCACACCUGGAUACUAAACGGUCAACGACUGCUACGGAAGCCAUCCCUGCUGAACCGACCUACCGUUAUCUGCCCAGCCAAUGACUGUACUCGACCUGGACGAGCUUGUGUUAAUCCCUGUCGAUGGUCGUCUGCUUGCCCCAGGUUUCGAGAUAGGCCAGGGCCCACCACGCGCACUUCCUUACCAGCCAGCUUAUCAAAGGAUGUUGAGACGCAGAGGCCACAUCCUAUAAGAUAGACUCUGAUUCUCAGCAAGUUUCGUCUGCGACAUCUUUGAGUCACUGCCUUGACCAGCAAGCUGCUCAACAUGGAUGGACUGAAACCUGUUAUUGAAUGGCUUACCCUUGACAACAACGAAUACAAUGGUGCUGCAACCACCAGAUGGAUCAACCCAGACAUCACACCCCUAGCACCCAGUCGUCGUACAUGGGGCUAUCUUGCAUAUCUCGGAUGGGGGUCGAUUGCAAAUGUUUGCAUCACUGUAUGGGCUGGCGGAGCAUCGCUCCUGAUCCUCGGCCUGAGCGUUCCUCACAUCAUGGGUGUCAUGAUCAUCGCUAGGGUCUUGAUUUCGAGCUUUGUCAUUGCCAACGGCUGGCUCGGCGCCGAAUGGCAUAUUGGCUUCACGGUAGCCCAAAGGUUGAUCUUCGGCGUCUACGGCUCAUACAUUGGUAUCCUCAUUCGAAUCAUGUUGUCCAUCAUUUGGUACGCAUCACAAGCCUGGCUGGGUGGCUUGUGCGUAGCCGUCAUGUUGAGCAGCUGGUCUUAUUCCUUCCUCACACUGGAGAACACUCUUCCUGAAAGCGCUCACAUGGUCACGCGAGAUUUGGUUGGCUUUACCAUAUUCCAGAUCAUCUCUCUACCUUUGCUUCUCGUCCGCCCCGAAAAAGCAAAAUGGCCUGUCCUCUUUGCCAACGGUAUUACGUUUUUUGUCAUGUUGGGCAUCACCAUCUGGGCAACGAACAAAGCUGGAGGACCAGGUCCCCUGUGGUACACCGGUUCGACUUCCAUCCCUGGCAUGAAUUACGCUUGGGCGUGGGUCUAUGCCAUUGUCGCCUCUCUGGGAGGCAUAUCUGCCGGCAUCAUCAAUCAGUCUGAUUUUACCCGUUUUGCCCGUCGCCAAGGUGUUCAAGUUCCUGGAAUACUCUUCUCCCUCUUCAUCCCCGGCAUGGCAGUUCCCAUCAUGGGUCUCCUCACCGCCUCGGCCAGUGUCGAAAUUUACGGAGGCGAUCCAUUCUGGAAUCCCCUCACCCUUAUUACACAGUGGAUGCUGGACGAUUACAGCGCUACAUCCCGUGCAGCCGCAUUCUUCUGUGGUUUGGGCUUCAUCAUUUCACAGCUCGCUGAGAACAUCAUGGCCAACGGUUACGCCGCUGGAAUGGAUUUGGCAGGCCUGUUUCCCAAAUUCAUCAACAUCCGCCGUGGAGCUAUCAUCGGUGCUCUAUUGUCGUGGGUGGUACAACCGUGGCUCUUCUACAACACUUCAAGUGUCUUUGUCGCCACGGCCGCGAGCUUCUCCGUCUUCCUUGGCCCGCUCACGGGCAUCAUGCUUGCCGAUUACUACAUUAUUCGCCGACAGAAUAUUGAAGUGACCCAGCUGUACACCGGCUCUUCAGAAGGAUCGUACUACUUCUUCCACGGCUUUAACCUGCGUGCCAUCAUUGUUUGGGUCGUCUGUUUCGUGCCAGCCAUGCCAGGCAUGAUCGGAACUCUAAAUCCAAACAUCUAUGUUAGCCAAGGUGCCAUCCAGUAUUAUUGGGGAAAUUAUCUCUUUGGCUCUACGUCAGCUGCGGUUCUGUACGUGAUCGUGUGCAAGAUCUGGAAGAUCAAGAAUGCUGGGAAGCGGGAUGAGUACGACUUCUACGGCACCUUUGACGAGGAUGUUGCCACGAAAAAGGGCAUCACUCCUUUCCAAGGCGUUAAGGCAGGUGCUGAAGUUGACGACGCACUCACGGUGGAUGGCGUUAGUGUCGCUAACGUCGAUCUCAAGUCUGUUGACAAACCUGUAGAGCAGAGUGGGUUGGGCAGGACUGAUGCCAGCGACGUCGAGCGCCUGGGCAUCACGCCUGCGGAGAGGAAAGUCGCAGUUGUUGGCUAUCAAUCUUGACCAUACUUUCGCUAUCUACGGAGACUUUCACCUGCUACACGGCGAGGAAGGGUGCAGAGUCAUGGGUGUAGUUAUAUAUAAUAAGGAGUUUGCCACACUUGACA